AUGGCUCACAACAUCAGCUUCCUCAAGCUCACAACCAUUAUUCUUCCUCUUCUUCUUCUGCUCCAACAUUCCCAAGCAAUGACCUUCCAAACAGAAGACAUAGAUGAUGAAGAUGAUAUUUACAUUCUUGAUCUCAAACCUUCUUCUUCUUCUUCGCUUGGAAUUGGAACGAGAAGUCGAUUCUUGAGGAGAAUCAUAAAGAAAGGCAUGCAUUGUGAUGAUAGUACUGCUGGUUUUAACAUCUGCAAUGGAGUUUCUGCGAGCAAGGGAAGAGGAUUGCUUUUCUGCUGCAAGAAGCACUGCCGGAACGUUCUCGGAGACAAGAACAACUGUGGGCGGUGCGGCCAUAGAUGCCGGCAAGGUCAACGCUGCUGCGACGGAGCUUGCACCGACGUUUUGUUUAACGAAAAUCACUGCGGCAAGUGUGGCAACAACUGUUCACCUGGGCUUCACUGUGAAAAUGGCUGUUGUGGGUAUGCUUGA